CGGCCGGGGCGUCCAGCUGGCUCUUGCGUCCUCGCGCGGGUCCCUUGGCCACGCGGGGAGCACGGACGCCGCGGCCCGGCCAACUCUGAACGGAGACGCCGCGCCGAGAACUUGAGGCCUGAGAGGGAUGUGAAGACCCAAAAUGACCCUCCUGCCGGGUGAGAACUCGGACUACGACUACAGCGUGCUCAGCUGCACCUCAGACCCCUCCUUGAACCCCGCCUUCUUCCAGCCGAGUCAGCCCCUCAAGGGCGCCUUCUACCGCCGGGCCCAGCGGCUCGGGCCGCAGGACGAGCCCCGCGCGGGCGGCCAGCCCCGCAGGAUCAUCAUCAACGUGGGCGGCAUCAAGUACUCGCUGCCCUGGACCACGCUGGACGACUUCCCGCUGACGCGCCUGGGCCAGCUCAAGGCCUGCACCAACUUCGACGACAUCCUCAACCUGUGCGAUGACUACGACGUGACCUGCAACGAGUUCUUCUUCGACCGCAACCCGGGCGCCUUCGGCACCAUCCUGACCUUCCUGCGGGCCGGCAAACUGCGGCUGCUGCGCGAGGUGUGCGCCCUGUCCUUCCAGGAGGAGCUGCUCUACUGGGGCGUCCCCGAGGACCACCUGGACGGCUGCUGCCGGCGCCGCUACCUGCAGAAGAUCGAGGAGUUCGCCGAGAUGGUGGGCCGGGACGACGAGGACGAGCCGCUGGACAGCGAGGACUGCGGCAGCGAGGGCCCGGCCGAGGGCGAGGGCCGGCUGGGCCACUGCAUGCGGAGACUGCGCGACAUGGUGGAGCGGCCGCACUCGGGGCUGCCGGGCAAGGUGUUUGCCUGCCUCUCGGUGCUCUUCGUCACUGUCACCGCCAUCAACCUGUCUGUCAGCACCUUGCCCAGCCUGAGGGAGGAGGAGGAGCAGGGCCGGUGCUCCCGGAUGUGCCACAACGUAUUCAUCGUGGAGUCGGUGUGCGUGGGCUGGUUCUCCCUGGAGUUCCUCCUGCGGCUGGUCCAGGCGCCCAGCAAGUUCACCUUCCUGCGCAGCCCUCUCACGCUCAUCGACAUGGUGGCCAUCUUGCCCUACUACGUCACCCUGCUGGUGGACGGCGCGGCCACGGGCCGCCACAAGCCGGGCACGGGCAACAGCUACCUGGACAAGGUGGGGCUGGUGCUGCGCGUGCUGCGGGCACUGCGCAUCCUGUACAUGAUGCGCCUGGCCCGCCACUCACUGGGCCUGCAGACGCUGGGGCUCACGGCACGCCGCUGCACCCGUGAGUUCGGCCUGCUGCUGCUCUUCCUGUGCGUGGCCAUCGCCCUCUUCGCCCCGCUCCUCUACGUCAUCGAGAACGAGAUGGCCGAGAGCCGCGAGUUCACCAGCAUCCCCGCCUGCUACUGGUGGGCCGUCAUCACCAUGACGACGGUGGGCUACGGGGACAUGGUGCCCCGCAGCACGCCCGGUCAGGUGGUGGCGCUGAGCAGCAUCCUGAGCGGCAUCCUGCUCAUGGCCUUCCCGGUGACCUCCAUCUUCCACACCUUCUCCCGCUCCUACUUGGAGCUCAAGCAGGAGCAGCAGAGACUGAUGUUCCGGAGGGCCCAGUUCCUCAUCAAAACCCAGUCGCAGAUCAGCACCACGUCCCAGGACAGUGACAUCUUGUUUGGAAGUGCCUCCUCUGACACCCGAGACAACUGAACGCAGAGGGCACACCGCCGCCGCUGCCACCGCCGCCAGGACACCCCCUGCCCGCCCACCCUGAGGCUUGAAGCUACUGCUACCUGCACACCUGCGACGGGCCAUGCUGCUUCCCAGGCUGGCACUGGCACGGCUCUGACAGGCUGGCCCAGGGAGGACACAGCCAACACUGAGGCCGUUGAGGGACCCCAGCACACGCCCGCCCGCCUGCCCAGCCCCAGUGUGUGCCUCCCUCCCCAAAGGGAUGGCCUAGUCUUUCUGCCAUGUAAAUAAUAUGCUUCUCGGAGCUGCCUGGAGAAAAAUACAAGCAGCAACAUCCUG